UUUUUGUUUUGUUUUUGCUCUUGAAGUGUCUCCCUUGCUGUAAAAUAUAAAGAACAUCAACUAAACACUCACACAUCGCAGGGUAUACUCUUCAUCCUCUUGUGUGUGUGUUAGUGCCUUCGCGUUCCCUGGGGCAGUCCUUGUGUAUGCCUGUGUUUGGAAAGGGCAGGCUGGCACGCGGUUUGUAUGUGUGUGUGUUUGUGUGUGUGUGUGUGUGUGUGUGUGUCGGAGUGCCGCGGUGCCAGUGUGUCUAGUGGCGGUGCGGCGAGCGGGCGGGUGGCUGCUCCGUCCCUGUGUGUCAGUGGCUGCCGGGCGCUGGCGACGCGUGCAGGUUCCUUUGAGGUGUAAUUAACUAAACGUGACGUGAGACAAUACCAAGUGAAGGAAAAUAAGAAAACUCAUAACGAGAAAACCCUAAUCUUAAGGAGGAAAAGCAAAGAACGAAAAGAACCUCAGGUGAGUUGUGCAAUAACUUUGUGGAAAGAAAAGAACAGUUAAGAGAUAUAAUUUUAAGAAGAAAAGUGAUAAUCUUGACGGUUUUUUUUUAUGUUCUGAAACGGUGUGACGCAGCAAAAGUGAAAAUCCUAGUCUUAAGAAGAGAAAAACACAAACAAGGAUCUGAAAGUCUGUUUUCCUUCAUAUCUUAUAGUGAAAAAAUAUCUUAAUCCUUAAAUAUAAAAAAGAAAAUAACCUGUGAAACUGUUUACUUCGACAUCCUACAGUGAAGAAAACACUAACUAAAAAAAAAAGAAAGAAACGAAAAGAAAAAGUGGCUUCCUUUCCAUCGUGAGGCAACAAGGAAGUGGAAGUGUCAGUUUAAAAGAACAGGAAAAAUAGCGAGGUUGCGUUGUCGCUACAUCUUCAUCUGCGUUGCCGGGCAGUGACAAGCUUAGCGCGGCCACGUGACCCAAGCCGUCCUGCCGCGGCUCAAGUUUAAUUGCUACAAAAAAUCGGCUAAACCUAAACCGCGGCGAGUCACUACCCGAGGAGCGUGACGGCUGGAAGCGGAUUGCCGGUGGAGAGGCGGAGGAGGGCAAGGACCAGGAACGGAUAGAGAAAGUGAGAGAAAGAAAAGUAAUAACACCAGAAAACUACAGACAGGAAAUUUAUUAAAGAUAUAAAUAAAAGAGAUAACGAGAAAUACAAAGAAACUACAAUCCCGGUGAAUUGCAGAAAAAAGAGAAAGGAAGAGAAAGAUAAACAGCGGAAAAAGAAAACUAUCCCAGUGAAAUAAAUCCAGUGAAAGAAAGGAAAGAAAAGAAAAAGGCAGAAAGAGGGAUAGAAGGAAAAACUAGAAUCAGAGGAGUGGUGAAAUACUACAGAGGAAGAAAGAAAACAAUCCCACCGUAUACCAGACAGUGAAUGAGAGAGAAGACAGAAAGAGAGAUAGAAGGAAAAACUAACACCAGUGAACUACAAAGAAAGAAAAAGGAGGAUAACUAGAGGAAGACAGAAAACUACCCUAGCGUUUAAAACUGUGAAAGAAAUAGAAGUAAGGGACGGAAAGGGAAAUAGAAGGAAAAACUGAUACCGGAGGACUAGUGAAAUACUGCCCGGCCGUCACCACAAUACGACGCGGAAAUAAAGGAGUGCCAGCGAGUGAGAGGCGAGAGAGAGGGGAGAGAGGGAGUGAGCGAGGCGUCUCCCCUCAUCCACGCCUACCUGUCACCUCGGGAAAGUCAUUAAGGACACCAGGUCACACCCCUCCCCACCCCUCCGGCCGGACCGCCAGGUGGACAUGUAGAUCACCACCACGCACAGGUGUCCAGGUGACCAAUCGCCGGUCGAGGUCACCGCGAUAAGCAGGUCAGCGGCGCUUCAGGGAACAAAGAAAGAUGGCGCUAGCGGCGUGGUGGAGACGGGCGGCAGCGCUGGCGGUGGUGGCGGCGCUCUCCCUCACCCCCCUCCCCGCCCACGCCUGGUCCAGCAAGCGGGGGCGCGGGUCGGGUAAGGGAACAGGUGAGUCAGUCAACGACCCCGUGUGGGAGAUCCGCCACAUCCUCCCUGACCUUGACCUCGCUAACAACACCGUGACGGACGUGCGGGUCAACAUAGGCGAGGUGGCUUACCUGCCCUGCCGCUUCCCCCAGCUGUCCACCCUGCACCAGGUGUCGUGGUUCAGGCGCUGGGACUGGCACAUCCUGACCACGGGGAUCUACACCUACACCUCGGACCGCCGCUUCAACGUGCUGCACACCCAGGGCUCCGACGACUGGACGCUGCAGCUCAAGUACGUGCACAAGGCUGACAACGGAACCUACGAGUGCCAGAUGUACACGCAGACGGGGGUGUUGUCGCAGUUCGUCAACCUGCACGUACACACGCCCCACGCUGCCAUCCUCGGCCCCCAGGAGCUACACGUGCAGGAAGGGGACUCCAUCACCCUUGUGUGCAUCAUCCAACAGAGCAAGCCCGCCUUCGUGUUCUGGUACCACGGCGAGGGGAUGGUCAACUACGACGACACGCGGCACCGCCUUGACGUGAACACCCAGGCGGAAGGCACCAAGACGCAGUCACGGCUCACCAUCACGGACGCCAGACACACGGACUCCGGAAAUUACUCGUGCAUCCCCCCCAACGUCGAGCCCGCCUACGUGCUGGUCUUCGUCACGGAAAGAGGGGACACGGUGGCUGCGGUACAGAGACGCGGUCACUCCUCGGCCCAGCCUCUACUGUGCCCCGCCUUCUGGUCCUCGCCCUUCGCCUCCCACGCCACGCUGCUCCUCGCCGUGGUGGCCAGGGCAGUGUUCGCCCACCUCCUCCCCGCCAGAUGAUUUCCAGGCCUCGCAGCGCCGCCCACGAGGACAAACAACUAACAAACAACAGCUUUAGUGCCGCGUAGAGCUGAAUGACUGUAUAGUGGUGUGGGGUGUUAUCAUUGUUGUUAUUAUUAUUAUUAUUAUUAUUAUUAUUAUUAUUAUUAUUAUUAUUAUUAUUAUUAUUAUUAUUAUUAUUAUUAUUAUUAUUAUUAUUAUUAUUGUGGUGAUUAUUAUUAUUAGGUGUCUGUGUUUACCUCCGUUGAUAAUACUGACGAUAAUGAUAACAAUGAAUAAUGAUAAUGGAGGCAGUGAUGAUGAUAAUGUGAGUAAGGCUGAGUGAUGAUGGUGUGAGACGGUGAUGAUAAUAAUGAUGUGAAUAAGGACGACGAAGAUAAUAAUAGGAAUAAGGCAAGACAAACAAAGACAACUAUAUAUAUAUUACGUAUGUGUUGUGUAGAGAGAUAAACAAACAGACAAACAAACAAACAGAACAAGACAAAUAAAAUAACAGAAACCAAACGACAAGAAAACGUGAAUAUAUAUGUGUACGUUUUUAUAAUAUGUGUGUGUGUAUGUGUGUGUAUGUACGCGUGAGAACCUGUGUGUGUAUAUAUAAAACAAAAACAUGACAAUGAAAAAAAUGAAAAAAAAAAACAAGAAAUGGAGGAGGUAUCGUCUAUUCCAUUUUCCGUUUCGUUUUACAUAUUCUAUCCUUCCUUUACUUUUUUUUCCACACUAUAAAUAUGACAGCAUCGAGGAGCGGAGGGCUUCGGCGAGGUGGGUUACUGAUAUGUAAAUGUGUUCACUGGCUUUGUGUCGAGUAGCUGGGGGAGGAGGAGGAGGAGGAGGAGGAGGAGGAAGACUUUGGUGGCCUCGUCUGCAUAAUAUCGUUCUUGCCAUUCCUCUCAUGACCUCAGUGACUCCCCUUAGAAAUCCCCCCCCCUUCUCUCUCUCUCUCUCUCUCUCUCUCUCUCUCUCUCUCUCUCUCUCUCUCUCUCUCUCUCUCUCUCUCUCUCUCUCUCUCUCUCUCUCUCUAUCCGUCAGUCUGUAUAUCUAUCAAUCUCUAUCUCUCUCUUUCUCACAUUCACACACAUACACACAAACACUCGGAAACACAGACAUGAAAAAAUACACACACACACACACACACACACACACACACACACACACACACACACACACACACACAGAAAAAAACAUAA